AUGGAAUGGACCAAUGAUGAUGUAUUAGAGUUUUUGGAGUUGUAUGAAGCUCAACCAGCAAUUUGGAAUCCACGUCAUAUUGGUCAUAAAAAUAGAAAUAUAGUUCACGAUGCUUGGAAAGAAAUUGAAAGCAAGCUAAGUGUCAAAACUGAUGUUACUGAAAUUAAAAAAAAAAAAGAUUCGCUUAUGGCCACAUAUAGAAAACUUUCCAAUAAAGUCAAAGCUAGCAUGAGUACUGGUAGUGGCUCGUGGCUCGCCAAGUCACGCGUUGUGGGAAUGCUGUAG